GCGUCUCUUCCCCAGUCCUUGCUUAGGACACCAAUCGAUCGACUCAGUCUCGAAUCCAUCACAUCAGCGAUGUCGAUUGUGCUUUCGCUUCUUCCCGUCGUCGUCCUUGCGCAGACUAAGGAACCCUUCUACCUCGGCGACUACAAGAUCAACUGCUUCGUGCCGCAGGUGAACGCCGACAUGUACCUGGAUACGCGAGACCAGGGUAUCGUUGGCCACCUUUGCCGCGGCCGUGGUUGGGAGCCUGAGAUCACCAACGGCAUGCUGAAUGCGCUGCAGCCGUCGUGGACCGUGGUGGACGUCGGUGCCAAUUUUGGCUGGCACACGCUCCACUUUGCCAACAAGCUGAGACCUGGCGGUGGCAAAGUCAUUUCCGUCGAGGCGAGCCCACGCACACACUCGCUGCUGCAGACGACGCUUGAAAACACGGGCAUGCUCGGCAACACCAUUCGACUGCACAACAUCGCCAUCUCCGAUCGCCCCGGCACCGUGGCCUUCUCGAGCACGCCCGAUCGUGCGCUCAACAAUCACAUUGUUGCCAACAACAACGAAGCAGGAAGCGUGCAAGUCCAAGCGAAGCCGCUCGACGCGCUGCUCGCGGACGAGCCACGGGUGGAUUUCAUUAAGAUCGACGUGGAGGGCUUCGAGGCCAAGGCGUGGCGUGGGCUCAACAGGACGCUCGCAAAGAAUCCGCGCUGCAUCCUUGUGAUCGAGUGCAACACAGCGCGCAUGCGUGCGCGCACCGACAUGGACCCGGCCGCCUUCUAUGCUGAGCUGAGCUGGCGCGCUGGUGGCAAGCUCCAAGCCCUCACCGAUGGCGGCAUACAGCCAAUCACCAUCGACGCACUGCUCAACGGCCCGGAGGUGCUCGUCUGGGUACAGCGGCGGCGCGCCAGGCAUGAGGCAUAACUCUGCGAAAGAAAAAGAUGAGGCAGCCUGGUGCGCCUGUAGCGCAUGUGGAAGAGACGAGAGUCUGGCUCUUCCACGCGGAGGUACUUCCACAGGAGCGUCUGACAGGAGUCUUUUCGAUGUGUGCUAGCCGUGUGGAGGAACAACCUAGCACAUAUCGAAGCGGUCAGAGAUUACGGCUUCAACGCUGAACGGGAUGGUUGUGGUGAGAGAGGCGGGCCAGAGAGCCUCAUCUAUCUGUAUUGCGUCUAUCUUAAAUUUCGAGCAGCGUUCGGGCGGGGUUUGAGCCGAAUGCGUCGAAGUCGGAUGCUUCAGCGCGGGUUGGAGUCAGUGUGUUCAGAGUCGUAGUGGUUGGAGAGAAAUUGAGAAUUUAUUUUCGUGACGCCACAAUGGACAU